UGGGUUUAUUAUUCAUUUGCAGACUAGAUGGCUGUUCUAUCACCAAGUACUCCUGUGAAACUCUCUCGUCAGCUUUACAGUCAACAGACUCCUCCCUGAAAGAGCUGGACCUCAGUAACAAUGACCUGCAGGAUUUAGGAGUGGAGCUCCUCUCUGCUGGACUGAAGAGUUCACACUGUAACCUGGAGACACUCAGACUAGCCGGCUGCAAUCUCACUGCAACGUCCUGUGAAAAACUAGGAUCAGUGCUACAAUCCAUGAACACCUGCCUGAAAGAGCUGGACCUCAGUAACAACAAUCUGCAGGAUUCAGGAGUGGAGCUGCUGUUUGCUGGACUGAUGAGUUCUGACUGUAAAUUGGAGAUUCUUAGAGUAGCUUUCUGUAAGUUUGAGGGAAAUCCUUGUGAAAAAUUGGGAUCAGCUCUGCAAUCAGUAAACUCCUCCCUGAAAGAUCUGGACCUUAGCAACAAUGACCUUGAGGAUUCAGGAGUGGAGCUGCUCUCUGCUGGACUGAAGAGUUCUCACUGUAAACUGGAGAAACUCAGAUUGUCUGGGUGUAUGGUUACAGAUGAAGGCUGUUUUUUUCUAGCUUCAGCUCUGAAAUCAAAUCCCUCCCACCUGAGAGAACUUGAUCUGACCUAUAAUUACCCAGGAGAGUCUGGAGUGAAGCUGCUGUCUGAUCUACUGGAGGAUCCACACUGCACACUGGAGAAAAUACAGGUGGAUCAUGGAGGGAAGAUAAGGAUGAUACCAGGACUGAACAAAUAUGCUGUUGAUCUCACUCUGGAUCCAAACACAGUGAACAGUCGUCUCUCUCUGUCUGAGAGGAACAGAAAGGUGCAGUAUGUGAGAGAAGAUCAGUCGUAUCCAGAUCAUCCAGACAGAUUUAAUGGCUGUCCUCAGGUUCUGAGUGUGGAGAGUCUGACUGGACGCUGUUACUGGGAGGUUCAGUGGAGCGGAUAUGGAGCUGAUAUAUCAGUAUCAUACAGAGGAAUCAGGAGGAAAGGAGGCAGUGAGGACUGUGGGUUUGGAUACAAUAAUCAGUCCUGGAGUCUGAACUGCCCUUAUUACAGUUACUCUGUCUGUAACAAUCAGUCCUGCUCUGAUCACUAUGUCUGUAAUUACCAGUUCUCUCUCAGACACAAUAAGAACACCACUACAAUACCUAUCUCCUUAUCCACUUCCCGGGUCCACAGGGUAGGAGUGUAUCUGGACUGGGGGUCCGGCGUCCUGUCCUUCUACACCAUCUCACCUAAAACACACACACUGACCCACUUAUACACAUUCACCACCACAUUCACUGAACCUCUCUACGCUGGAUUUAGUGUUAGGAAGGAGUCAGUGUGUCUGUGUGAAUUAGAAUAACCUGCACACAGGGUUUGUGUGAGACCAGAGGAGGUAAAAAUAUCUGUUGUUGAAAAAUGUUUGUUUAUCUAGAGCUGGGCGAUAUGGCCAAAAACGUUAUCACGAUAAACAAAAUUCAUAUCGUUCGAUAUCGAUACAUAUCGCGAUAAAUUUCAAAUCAUGAUUUCUUUCACGUUUGAAGGCUGAUUUUGCUCCUGGGUGGUUAACUGUGGUUUUAAACUAUCACUUAUGGUCCGAUCA